CCUUGGGAUGCCAGGCGUGCCUGGCACCGCGCACCCCGCGCGUUCCACACCCAGCCCCGCUCCCCACCGCGCUCCCGGCUUUCGUCAGAGCCUUCCCGGAGCUGAGCUGAGCUCAGCUGAGCUGGGCUGGCCGGGAGGGGCGGGCGGGGGCUCCGCGGAGCUCGGAGCAGCCCCGCGGGAGCGGCUCCGCUGCCCGGGCAGUGCCGGGGGACCCGCGAUGGGCUGCGGCCGCCGCUGCUCGCUCCUGCUCCUGCUGCUGCUGCUGCUGCUGCUGCCCGCGGCGUGGGGGGACUGCGGGCCGCUGCCAAAUAUCAGCCACGCCGAGCCGCGGGGGGACACCAAACACCAGCAGAGCUUCAGUGUGGGCUCCACAGUGACCUUCGGCUGCGUCCCGGGUUACACCAAGCUCCCUUUUCUCUCCGACACCAUCCGCUGCCUGCCGAACUCCCGCUGGUCCAGCCUGCCCGAGUUCUGCGGCCGCAGCUGUCCCAGACCCAGAUCUGUGUCAUUUGCUGCGAUAUCACCAGAAGACAAAAUGCAGAAUUUUUACGCCGUUAACACCACGGUGAGGUACAUUUGUCGCCAAGGUUUUGAAAACACCACAGCCCAGCCCCCCACCAGCACCUGUUUGGACAACUUAACGUGGACAGAAGUUCCUAAACUGUGUCAGAAGAAAUCCUGUGGUAUUCCAGCCAAUCCAGAACACGGCCAAGUUAUCCUAAAAGAACAUCAGCUGGGUGCAACAGCCAGAGUGGUUUGUGACCGUGGGUACAGAUUAAAGGGAGCAUCACCUUCCGUCAUUUGCCUCCUACAGGGAGACAAAGCUGUCUGGAGUCCUCUUCCAGCUUGUCAGGUGAUUUCCUGUCCCCCUCCUCCAGCCAUCCCCCGCGGGCAGCACAGCGGGAGCAGCUCGGGGGAGUUCGUGCUGGGCUCUGUCACAACCUACACGUGCGAGCCGGGGCUGGAGCUGGUGGGAGAGGACACGCUGCGCUGCACCGGCGACACGGGGGACAGCGGCGACAGCGGCACCUGGAGCGGGGCCCCGCCCGCCUGCCGCGUUAAAACCACAGCAGAGACAAACCAAACCAAACCCUCAGAAGAGAAUCCUUACUGGCUGGCAAGCAUCCUCAUUCCCAGUUGCAUUGUUCCUCCAGUAGCCCUUGGAAUUCUAGCUGGGAUCAUCAUGAGACGGAAAGAGAGUGAAAAGCACUCUUAUAAUGUGAAUUUACAAAAGCAGGAGAUGAAGGGAAGGGAUGCAGCGAUGCAUCCAGAGGUUACAGAUGAGAAGAAGCACCCCAAGCCCUGGAAUUCCUAUUUUUGCCACACAGGGAACUGCCACGUGUGUCCCAGCUGUGAGGAGCAGCUCCACAGUGACCUGGCCCCUCUCUCAGAGCCCCCACACCACGGCUGUGCCACCUGCCAGGACUGGCUGAGCUCCCAAAAACCCCGCAGCUACUCUGUCCCCAGCAUCGGUGCUGGGGACAGCCAGAGCCCAGCAGGGACCAGCUCUCCUGCCAAAGCUGUGGAUGUGCUGAGGGCAGAUGGCACAGGAGAAGCUGCUCCAUGGUGGAGUGAGGCAGAGCAGCCCAUGGACCACCAAAGUGACCACAUCUGUCCCAUCUGUGAGAGCUGGCUCCGUGCCCACGCUGGUGACAGCAGUGCUGUGACACCGGGGGAGUGGCAGGACAAGGGCCCCCAGGGCCCCGUCUGCCCCCCCUGCACGGACAGACAGCUCCUGUCCCUUGUCCACGGGGACACAGCCAGCAGCCCCGUGUGUCCCCUGGCCGGGGAGGGGACCCCAGCCCACCUGGUCCCUUGGCACAGCCCCGGCUGCCACCUCUGCCCCGUGUGCUCGGAGCCCACCCACGCUCACCUGUGCCAGCCCCAGCGCCUGGCACCUGAUGGGAUGGUGCCCACCUUCACCCUCUGCCUGCUGGGCAGCUCCGCUCUGCUCCUCAGCACCACGCCCGGGGCUCAAGCUGCCCGGUGCCGGUUCCCCCGGGUGCUGAACGGGAGCGUGUCCCCUCGUCGCUCUUCCUACUGGACACGGGACACCGUGAGUGUCACCUGCAACCCCGGCUACGCCCUGAAGGGCCCCGGCAGCAGCACCUGCAGGGCCACCUCCAGGUGGGACCCCUCUCUGCCGGAGUGCAAAAAGGAGGUGACAUGUCCUCGGCCACCGAGCAUCGCCAAUGGGCUGCACAGCGGCCACUCCAGGGACAGCUUCUCCCGGGGGGUGACCGUGUCCUACAGCUGCAGGGAGGGCUUUGAGCUGCUCGGCAACGCGUCCAUCACCUGCACGGACUCCGGCCUCUGGAGCCGGCCCCUGCCCCGCUGCGAAGCGAUCGGCUGUCAGGUACCCGAGGUGCAGAAUGGGAAGGUCCACAACGUGCAGAGCACCUACAGAGCUGGAGACACUCUGCACUUUGAUUGUCACCCCGGUUAUGCAGCAGAGGACUCCGAUGAGGCUCGGUGCCAGCCCGGGGGUGUCUGGGACCCGCCACUCCUUGUGUGCCAGAAGGUCCGGCCGUGCCCGAUGCCUCCGGAGGUCGCCAAUGGCAAUCACAACGGGCGGAGCAUAGCAGGAUUCACCAUGGGAAUGUCUGUCAAGUACAGCUGCAAUCCUGGCUACUACCUGGUUGGAAAUGCCGCUGUGUCCUGCAGAGCAUCGGGGAACUGGAGCCAGCCUCACCCUCGCUGCCAAGAGGUGACAUGUCCUCGGCCACCGAGCAUCGCCAAUGGGCUGCACAGCGGCCACUCCAGGGACAGCUUCUCCCGGGGGGUGACCGUGUCCUACAGCUGCAGGGAGGGCUUUGAGCUGCUCGGCAACGCGUCCAUCACCUGCACGGACUCCGGCCUCUGGAGCCGGCCCCUGCCCCGCUGCGAAGCGAUCGGCUGUCAGGUACCCGAGGUGCAGAAUGGGAAGGUCCACAACGUGCAGAGCACCUACAGAGCUGGAGACACUCUGCACUUUGGCUGUGAUUCUGGGUACACCACAGAGGACUCUGAUGAGGCUCGGUGCCAGCCCGGGGGUGUCUGGGACCCGCCACUCCUUGUGUGCCAGAGAGUCCGGCCGUGCCCGAUGCCUCCGGAGGUCGCCAAUGGCAAUCACAACGGGCGGGACAAAGCGUUUUUUACCGCUGGGAUGUUUGUGAGGUACAGCUGCAAUCCUGGCUACUACCUGGUUGGAAAUGCCGCUGUGUCCUGCAGAGCAUCGGGGAACUGGAGCCAGCCUCACCCUCGCUGCCAAGGCAUCCCCUGCGAGCCACCCCCGGACAUCCCCAACGGGCAGCACUCGGGCGAGCUGCUGAGCGAGUUCCACUACGGCACGGCCGUCACCUACACCUGCAACCGCGGCUUCCCCCUGCACGGGCAGCCCUCCAUCCACUGCACCACCCACGACGGCCGCAACGGCGUCUGGAGCGAGCCCCUGCCCGCCUGCGGAGAGGCGAAUUGUCCUGUCCCACAGAUCCAGCACGGGAGGAUCGUGGCUGCCAGGUCUGCCUAUGCACACAGGGACACCGUGACCUUGGAAUGUGACCCAGGCUAUGUCAUUCAUGGCCACAGAGAGAUCCAGUGCCAGCCAAACAACACCUGGGAGCCGCCUGUGCCCGUCUGCGAGCAGGCUGGCUGCAGAGCCCCUGCCAGGCUGGGCUUUGCCGAGCUGAAGGAGCCCUACAGGAACCAGACGGUGUUUCCCGAGGGGAGCAGGGUGGAAUUCGUGUGCCAGCCUGGCUACAGCCAGCUCCCGGGGGUGUCAGCAGCCAUCACCUGCCUCAGGAACCAGACGUGGUCUGCAGCGCUGGAGUUCUGUCAAAGUGUCACCUGCGCUGCCCCUCCGGCCAUCCCCCAGGGGACACACAGCGGGGGCUCCAGGGACACCUUCUCCCUGGGGGACGUGGUCACCUACAGCUGUGCCUCGGGGCUGGCCCCAGCUGGAGACGCCUCCCUGACCUGCACCUCUGCGGACGGGGAGCGCGGCACGUGGAGCGGAGCAGUGCCACGGUGCCAAGAGGUGAGGUGCCCUGCCCCCCCGAGCAUUGCCAACGGGCAGCACGGUGCCAGCCCCGGGGCCUGGCACAGCCCGGGCUCCGUGGUGCUCUACACCUGCGCCGAGGGCUACUCCCUGCUGGGCAACGCCUCCGUCCGCUGCACGGCCAGGGGAACCUGGAGCCGGCCCCAGCCCCGCUGCCGAGCAACUGGCUGCACCAGGCCCGAGAUUGAGAAUGGAAAAGUGACUGGCUCAGAGACCACCUACAACCUGGAGGACAUCAUUGUCUUCGAGUGCAACUUUGGUUAUGCCUUGAAGGGCUCUCAAGAGUCCCAGUGCCAGUUUGGGGGCAAGUGGCACCCUCCUGUCCCCAGCUGUGAGAAGCUGCCGCCGUGUCCUUCCCCUCCGAUUAUCAGAAAUGGCCAGCACGACAGCAAGGGGGUGACAGAGUUCAUCCCUGGCAUGGCAGUGAAGUACCGCUGUGACCCGGGCUACGUCCUCACCGGGAAAACCACGGUUUCCUGUUUGCCAUCGGGAGUCUGGAGCAUCCCUUACCCCCGCAGCCCCAGCAUCAAGGACGGAGAGGUGGCCGAAGGCCGGAGGGCUGUGUACCACCCUGGGGACAAUGUCACCUUCCAGUGCCACCCAGGCUUCGUGCUGAGGGGCAGCCGUGGGGCCAAGUGCCAGCCCGACAGCCGCUGGGUGCCUGCUGUGCCCACCUGCCAGCCAGUGAGGCCGUGCCCUCCGCCCCCCGUCAUCGCCCACGCCACGCUCAGCGCCCAGCCGGGGAUGAACUUCACCAGCGGCACCUCCGUGAGCUACAGCUGCCAGCCCGGCUUCUCCCUGCUCGGGGACCCCUCCGUGCUGUGCACGGCCUGGGGCAACUGGAGCCUUCCCUACCCACGCUGUGCAGUGCUGCAAUGCCCUUCACCUCCAAAUAUUGACAAAGGAAGCCACGACAGCCAGGACUUGGAGGUUUUUCCCUCUGGGAUGGUUGUGAACUACAGCUGUGACCCUGGCUACAGCCUCCGGGGAGAGGCAUCCAUCUACUGCACCGACUCUGGCAACUGGAGCCUCCCUCUCCCUCAGUGUGCAGGGGUGGUGUGCCCAGCCCCACAGAUCCACAGUGGGAGGGUGGCUGUCCCCAAGCCCCGCUACACCUACGGGGACUCUGUCACCUUCAAGUGCCGCAGAGGCUUCACCCUGCGAGGCCACCCCACGUCCCAGUGCCGAGGGGACAGGAGGUGGCACCCACCUCUACCUGUCUGCGAGCAGGUGCUGCACUGCUCCAAGCCUGCAGAUAUCACCCAUGGGUCUUUCCGUGGCCCAGCAAAAGCAGUUUUUACUGUGGGAACAUCUGUAAACUACAUCUGUGAGCCUGGCUUCUCCCUCCUGGGGACAGCAUCCAUUUAUUGCACAGCAUCUGGAGCCUGGAGCCAUCCCCCUCCCAUCUGUCAAGCUGUGAAGUGUCAGCAGCCUCCAAACAUCACCAACGGGAGGCUGAAAGGCAACAGCUCUGCCACCUUUCCCCCCGGAGCCGCUGUAUCCUACAGCUGCGAUCCCGGCUACUCACUGGUUGGGAAUGCUUUCAUCAACUGCACGGGGUCGGGAUCCUGGAGCCAGCCCCUCCCGCAGUGCAAAGAGAUCAGAUGUGAAUUCCCGGAUGUCCAAGGUGUUAAAAGAGCCAUUAAAGGAAAUACUUAUCGCUCUGGCACUAACAUCACUCUUGAAUGUGACGAAGGUUACAUGCUGGAAGGCAUCAGUCACACCCAGUGCCAAGAGGAUUUCAGCUGGGACCCUCCCGUGCCCGCCUGCAAACUGACGUCCCCCAAGCCCGGCUCAGUAGGCCUAGGAGUGGCAGCUGCAGCAAUUCUGCUGCUCCUGGGGGCAGGUGUUGUCUGGAAAAUAAUUUCCAAGCAGAAGGAAGGCUAUUAUCAUACGUAUGAAAACUAUAAUUACAGAACCCCCCUGAACCCAGACACAGAACACAAAGGCUCGUGUCUGCCAUAG